AUGGAGGAGCUGUUUGGGCGCCAAUUCCAAUCGCCUGACGAGGCCAGAGCCGCCAUUGACGCCGUCGCCCAGCCCCUUGGCUACAACUUCGUCAAGCACCGCGUGAGGCCCAAUAGCAUCACGUUCCGCUGCAGCAAGGGACGAGUCUACAAGGCCCAGAGAGAUGCGAAUGUCCCUGCCGCAAAACGCCGUGAGACGAGCUCGCAGAUGACAGGCUGCCCGUACCGGCUUGUCGUGGGUCGGCAGCACGUCUUGGCCCCCUGGAUUAUUCGCCGCACGCGUGGCGAGAAGUCGACCGAGCACAACCAUCCCGAUUUUCCCUCGUCGGCGCAUUCACGAUAUCGGAACAAGGCCCUUGAAAAGAAAAUGGACAAGGUCAUGUCUUAUUACGAGCUCGGGCUCCGGCCUCUCCAGAUUCUCGGUCAACUCCAAAGUGAACACGAAGACGACCCGGAACUGCAAGGUCUAACACGUCAUGACAUUUACAACGCGAUACGAAAGCAUCGCCAACAAGAAGAGCUUGAUAAAUCUACGGAACAAGAAUAA